AUGCCAAAUUCAUACACAGAAUUACAGAAUGAGAAUUAUUCAGACAUACCCGUUUCCAAAUGUUAUCUACCAAAGCGUUAUAUAUUUGUCUUCAUGGGUUUUCUAGGAUUCGUUUUGUCAUAUUCAUCUAAAACAAUUUUAAGUGUGGCCAUAGUGCCUAUGACAGGUGGAGGUUUUGUUUCUUAUAACACAACGUCUAAAGCUCUGAAAGCUGAUGUAAAUUGGGAUUUACAGCUCCAGGGACUACUAUUAUCAAUUCCAUAUUAUGGUGGAAUUGUCGCACAAAUACCCUUAAGUUGGUUGAGCCAUAAAUACGGUGGUAAAUAUUUAUUUGGUUGUGGUCAAUUGUUAACAGGAAUAACAUUAUUACUGACGCCGGUAACAGCACAAUGGAGUGUAUCAGUGUUCAUUGUUCUCAGAUUUUUUCAGGGAUUUGGAGAGGGUUCCACUUAUUCAUGUAUGAUGGAACUAUUAUCAAAAUGGAUUCCGUCACAAGAGAAAUCAAAAUUGUCAGGUUUUAUCUUCUCGGGGGCAUACGUUGGUAACGUGAUUAGCUUACCAAUAGGAGGUCUACUAGCUAGUAGCCAGGCAAGAUGGCCAUCAAUUUUUUAUUUCUUUGGAGGAUUGGAAGUUUGUUGGUUUGUAUUCUGGAUGUACCUCAUUACAGAAAAACCAUCCGAACAUACGUCAAUAUCAAGAGAAGAGCAAAUUUAUAUAGAGGACAAUCUAGGUUGGAUGUGCAAAAGUGAGAAUCCACCAUACGGGAAGAUUUUUUGUUCAGCACCAGUUUGGGCUAUAGGUAUUGGAUUCUUUGUUGAGAAUUGGGGUAUAUUCACUUGGAUAGCAGAGUUACCGACAUAUCUAGACGAUAUUUAUAAUACAGAUAUCAAAAAGAUUGGUUUUCUGUCGCCUCUACCAUAUCUUUUAUUGACAGUGACGUCUGCGUUGGGUGGUCCGUUUGCAGAUUGUAUGAGAAACCGUGGCAUCAGUACAACAACGGUGAGGAAAUUCUUUACCUGUGGAGCUUAUGUACUCCAAAUCAUUUUCAUUAUGUGGGCAUGUUAUAGCCAAACAAUUGUACAAUUCGUGAUCGCUUUAUCUAUGGGAAUUGGCAUUGGCGGAUUUGCAAUAGCUGGUACAGGAGUAAACGCUCUUGAUCUUGCUCCACAGUAUUCCAGCUUAGUGAUGGGUUUCGCCAACACGAUGGCUUGUCUUCCUGGUAUUUUGAGUCCAACAUUAACAGGGUACAUAGUUGAAAAGGGAGACGAUCAAUGGAAAUGGGUGUUUUAUAUAUCAGUUGGGUUUUAUUUCAUUGGUGCCGUACUAUUUUGUCUUAUGUCUUCUGGUGAGAGACAGAAAUGGGCAGACAAUCCAGAUGAAAGUGUUACUUGA